GGUUAUUCUGUGUUUUCUCACUGUCUAUACUCUCUUGCAUGAAUCUGAUUUCCAGUUGAUGAAUGUUGCUAUUUUAUAUCUAUUUAUGUCUUGUUUAUUUCCGGAUACUGGCGUAGCUGUUGUAUUGUGGAGUGGUUGCGUUACUGACUGCCCAUGUUGGUUCGUGACCCUAUACUGCCUGGAGACACUAGAAACCUUGGUAUUCUUAUCAUUCUGUAUGAGAAAACACCAGAAUAUUGUGAUUGGUGACUUAGAAUAUGGCUUUUAAUAGCUGCAUAAGUGUACGGUUCGAGGCGGAAUUUAAUAAAUCCGACUUUAGGGGAAAUUGACAUUGCU